AUGAGUGAGGCAGAAGAAAGAAGAAAAUUAUAUCAAAACGCAAGGCAAGAAUAUUCAAGUCUUGUGGGGAAAAUUACAGAAAUCGAGAGUGAAAGGAAAGAACAUGUAAUAGUUUUGGAGACACUGAAAAAGAUAGGGCCAGGAAGAAGGUGCUGGAAAUCAGUUGGAGAAACCCUAGUAGAAAAAGACAGCUCGGAAACAAUGACUACGCUUGAGCAGCAAAUGAGGAAUAUAGAUCAAAUAUUAGAAGUUCUCUCAAAAAAGUUGAAAGAAACAGAGCACCAAAUAAAGCAAAUGGAAUCUGAAAUUAAUUAG